CUGACAAUCGCUACAGUUGAUCAAUUGACACAAAGUUGAUUAUUCGACUUAUUUUCGCUAGCUUUCUGUUGUGAAAGACGUGUUCUGCGCAAUUCCAAGUACCCUUACGGUCUGACCGUGUUUUUCUUUAAAGUUCGCGAAAGGCUUAAAUACGAUUUGCCACGAUGACGAAGUUAAUACAACAGUUAAAUUUUAGUAGUAGUAAUUACUAUGACGUCGCGGGUGUCCUGAUUGAACCCAACGCUGCGAAAACUAAAAAGUACUGCGGCGAUGACUCCUCCCUAAGCAGCUCCCUGGCGGGCAGCAAGCGCUCCGCUUUGUCGGCUUCGGACGCCGAGUGCUUCUCGCUCUGCCUGGGUGCCGGGCCUCUGUGGUGGUCCGAUGUCCCUGCUCACGAUACCGCACCGCCCGGAGGGGUGGGCAGCGGGGCCUCGAGCCCCGCUUCCCCGUCCACCCCCACACACGACGACAACAACCGCGACUUGUUGAGCACACUACUAUGGUCAAGCGCGAGCUCGCUCAGCAACAGCGAGGAGAGCCUCGUGUCCGACGCGCACCCGCCCGUGGCGCCGGAGCAACAGGAAGCGAUCAUCCGCAAGAUCUUGGAGCGCAAAGACGCGAAGGCCGUGAAGAUUGACUUAAAAAUCUAUCUCACUGAAAACACACUGACUCGCUGGGAAGCUGUGGUAAAAGGCAACACAAUGUAUCUACGUGUGCCCGGAGUGCUGCAGUCCGGCAGCAAGGACAGCUUCAUGCUACUUCUCGACUUCGCUGAGGAGAAGCUGCGGUGCUCCAAUUGCAUAAUCUGCGUGCUAAAAACCCGCGCGGACCGAGCGACGUUACUCCGCACGUUCAUGUUCAUGGGCUUCCAACUGCUCCCGCCCAACUCACCCUUGGCCGCGGAUAUAGCGAACCCGGCGUAUAUGUUCCUGCACUAUAACAUGCAGUGACCAGGUGUCUAUGGUUAUAUAGAGUAGGCAUCGGACCAUAGAUAGUAGAUUU